UCUCCGCAGCCCGGGCCCAACCCCAGCGCCACAAGCGUCGGCUCGGCCGGCCGCUCCCCCAGCGAGGCCGUGGCUCCCCGCGCGGCGGGCUCCACCGUCCGCCAGAGGAAGAAUGCCAGCUGCGGGACAAGAAGCGCGGGCCGUGCCACCUCCACAGGUACCGGUGGGAUGUGGCGAUUCUACACUGAGGACUCUCCAGGGCUCAAAGUUGGGCCUGUUCCAGUUUUGGUCAUGAGUCUUCUUUUUAUUGCUUCUGUGUUUAUGCUGCACAUCUGGGGUAAAUACACUCGGUCAUAGACUCAGCUGCCAACUUAAAGCAUACAUCUUGGACCAAAAAUAUGAUGGAUCCUGGUUGUUCUUGAAGAGAGACUGGGGAAGCUUCCUAUCACCUGUUGAAGUCCUGUCAACUUUGGCUCUAAUACCGAAUUAACUUCUCAGUUUGCUAUUUGGGCAGGCUUAAAGUCUGUCGUGGGUCAUUUUAUAUUUGUAUCUGUACACUUAGAAUACAGGUAUUGCAAUAAAAGUUCUAUAUGGAAAUAGAAACA